CGGAUAAUGUAAACACCAGGGGAAUUUUAAUUGAUUCGUCUCCCACGGGUUUCAUGCCGCAGUUUCGAACAAACCCUUAUAAAUGUGACCACCGCCUAGGUGUUAAUUAAUGCCUUCUUAAUUAUUGUAAGCUUUCCUCUGUCAUGCAUAAUACGUCGAAGCAAAAUUAAGUUUCAAAUCAAUUUGCUAUGUUAAAAAUUGUUCGAAAGAUUCAACGAAAUCUUGUAAUAGAAUAACCGAAAUUAUUAUUACUGUCGAAAUAAAAGAGGAAAAGAUUCGAUCAGUUCGUGGUAGGAAAAACGUACUUCUCUUUCUGCGCAGAGAUUAUGUUACUGCCAUUAGAUAUUUAUGAAGGGAGAUUCCAGAUACCAACGACACGUUAUUAUUACUGGGAGAGCAUUUAGAUUUAAACGUAGCUGUUUGGCUGCUCGUGCAAACUUGGCCGAUCUAGCGACACUUGACUCUUACGUAAAUUAUUAUUCCGUUGAAUUUGACGUUUGCUUAAAUCAGCACACGCAAGACCGACUUCGAUUUUCUAUUUGGCCGCAUUCCAACUAAUACGGUAAAACCAAAGACGCGGAAACUUUUUAAUUUAUCGCCACAGGGAGAAUAAAGAUUGUGCCUGGGAGCCGCGUUUCAUUCUCUCUCCACAGUCCUCCUCUUUAGAGGAUACACUGUCUGUUUAAAUUGUCAGGGAAAAUCGGCCAGAAAAUAUAGCAUCCGCACGGCCCAGUAAAUGAAACAAAAGCAGUCUGCCUUUAAAUUGCUCCGCUUCUCUUCGAUAUUUAAUGCCAUCUUAAUCGCCUUCCCUUUUGUCCCGUUGUUUUCAUUAUCCUACCAUUAAAUCGUCGACAUCGAUACGUCGCCUGUUUCCCCUCCAAUAUAUUCGCUCUUUGACACUUACAAUCAGUUUUCCGCAGUCUGUGAUAAGGACUUCAAACUCGUAACCUAACCUACUUCGUUGUUUAAAUUUACACGAUCUUCGGAAUCGCACGGUUCAAUUGGUACUCAACCAACCGCACCGGAAUAAUUGCACGCACAGACACGUAGGUCCCUUGUAGGAAAAAAUAACAGCAUUAUUUGAGAGAGUGUUUCGUGACGAUCCAUUCUAAUCUCAGAUUCACGCCAGUGUCACGUGGAUAAUUUGUUAUAGGAAUAAAUUAACUAAGAAGGUGGUUCGAUACUUUACGACAAGCAGUAGAGUUCGCUUAAUCUUGUUCUUCAUUUCCAGAUUUCCUUAAGACUGCCUGUUUCACAUGUUGUAAGGGUUUAUAUAGGGUUUCAGUUUUGGAGUGGAGGCGGUUCAGGCUUUGGGUAAUUUUGGUCAUAGCUGUUGUGUCAUAAUUUGAUCUGUGUCACGGGCCCCAUGUCCUAUGUGUGUAGAUAGAGCUUCUUAUCGGGUGCAUCACAUCAGAGCGGUCCCAUUCUCUUUUCUCCUAAAUUAUGAAUAAAGAAAAGAUGCGUCGACUUUGUGUAACAGUGAUCUUCGUACGGGAGGAAAUAUAUUUUUAUAAUAUGCGUCGACUUGAAUUCUAUUGACAGUGUCGAGGAGAUGAACAUUUAAAAUAACGUUUAAAUCUUUGUGAACGAGGCAUCAUGAAAGUGCGUUACGAGAAGCUUGUCGGAAGCGUUUGAACGUUUCAAUUAAUUCACCCGAUCAAAACCAGUGAGAGGAGUCUUCAACGAGGAUGCCGGGGGUGGGACGUCGCGGUUGGCAAGAACGAAGCUGUUGUUCAACAAUAAGAUCACCGAGGAGCGAGCUCGAGAGACGAAAGAUAAUGGGAGAUCGUCGUCGAAUCGUCGUGAGCGUGUCGACCGAUUAAACUGAUAUACCGUUUUAUCAGAGAUCUACGAUUCCGCUUGUGGCCCGGGGGAAUAACGCGCGCAGCAAACCGACACCAUGGGGAAUGGCAUGAACAAGGUCCUGCCCGGUCUCUACAUUGGUAAUUAUCACGACAGUAAAGACUCCGAUCAAUUAGAGCGGUUCGAAAUCACGCACAUCCUCGCGAUUCACGACUCUGCUCGCCGAUUGCAUUCCGAUAAACAUUAUUUAUGUAUACUAGCGUCGGACAGCCCGGAUCAGAAUUUAACGCAAUACUUCUCGCUGUGCAACGAUUUCAUUCACUCUGCGCGCCUACGCGGCGGGAACGUCCUGAUACAUUGUUUAGCGGGUAUGUCGAGAAGCGUUACAGUGGCGGUGGCCUAUAUUAUGAGUACCACCAAUCUCUCGUGGAAAGAGGCUCUCAAAGUUGUCAGAGUAGGUCGUUCCAUCGCCAACCCAAACGUAGGUUUUCAGCAACAGCUGAAAGAUUUCGAGACCAGCCGAUUGCACGAGGAACGGCGUAGAUUGAAAGAGCGAUUCCCGAGCUUGGCACUCGCGGAAUCCGAUGCAGAAGUGUGCCGCUCCACUUUAAGAAAUUACGAAACCAUGGCACUGGCACGAGAAGUGUGCGAAGGGAAAUGUGCCAUGGGCCGUCCUUGCCCGACCGGGCUGUGCAGGCAACCUUCCAAAAGUCCGAGGAGGAAAGCGUCGACGAGUAGUACCAGCAGUUUGAACACCGGCAGGACGCCUCCGCAGACUCCGAGGAUGUUACCGUCCGCCCCUCCGUCACCUGCCAUGCAGAGAUCAGCCAGCGUGCUUUCGACGGCUAGGCCGAGAAGCGGUCCCGCUGGUUUGCAUUAUUACACGGGAUCCGCACCUCCUUCUAGGGCAGUGUCGAGGGUCGAUUUAUCAGCGGCCGUGGCUUGCAGCAGUAGCAGCACGAACCUGACAUCGAUAGGUAGAUCAGGUUUGUGCAGCAGCAACUGGAGACUCGCGGCUGGAUCCGCGCCGAACACGCCUAGACCGACGCCGCCGGUUUCCCCGCAACGCUGGCCGAGGCGAGUGUCCACUCGGCAAACGCCACCUUUGCCGAUCUCGCCGGAGACACCGACGACGACGUAGCGUUUAAGGAACUACGCUUCGUUCACGACUUUGCCAGAGUAAGGAGCAAGGACGGACCUCGUCGCUCAAUCGUCGGUCGCAAGGACGAAUAAAAUUCGGAGCGUAGGUAGGAACGCGGAUUCUCGGUAACGAAGCAAAAGCUUGAGUUCUUUUAACAGAGUCUUUCAUCAAAUUGCACAGCCACGAAUAAAUGCAAUGACGUAUACAUUCGGUUGAAGCGGAAGCGCGUCGAGUCAAAUCGUUUCUACUUAAAACCAAUCGACCACAGCGAAGAGACUAAUGAAAAGAUUUAUUAGAAAUAAUUCGAAAGUUCGACACGCGUCUACGUAUAUUGUUUGUAUAAUAAAUUAGCGGCCAGAGGGAGACGCGGGAGGGAUGUUGCCAUGCAUGUCGGAGUGCAUCAUCUAUCAAUUUAAUCGUUGUUAACGUCACGCGCAUUACCGCACAACGUGUAUACUUUUCUCUGGCUGAAAGCGAAAUCAGAUUUCAUGGCUGGCGUACAAUUAUUUAUAAACGAUCGCACAUUAUAUUACAUAUAUGUAUAUUGAAACCAUGAUUCAAGCGUUCAGCUGGCUACUCAUACGGCACACUAAGCAUCUUCGUAUCAGGCAUUACGUGUAUUAAAUCCAAUAACGUUUUCGUAUUUUAUAUUUGGAUACAUUUGGGCUGCGGAUUUCUAUACAUUUAUAAAAAACGAAAUUCAUUUUCCAACAGAAUAUUUUAGGUAUUUGAUUUUGCAUAGAAAUCGGCAGUCGGAAUGAAUGGUGCAAAAAUUAGGUAUCAAAAGAUGCAUCGUGCUGCAUUACCAAACGAUACGUACGAAGGUACACGUAACAUAAGAAUGUCCAGGUUUAAACGAUGUUACAGAAUGGAGCAGCCAAAUGGGAUCACGUGACUACGUCCCUAAUUUACUAUUUUAUAAAAAAUAAUUCUCAGAACGAAAUUACAACAUUUAUAUUAAUAUAUAAAUAAUUUUAUCUCAAGUUUGCAUUAAUGGUCAGAUUUUUUUUAAAUAGAAUCCUAUAUCUUUUCAAUGAUCUCAAUAACCAUUCAUUUAAUCUCUGAUAUUGUAAAUACUAUGAAUAUAUUUUUGCUCUGAGAAGAAUUUUUAUACAGUAUUAAAUAAGGAUAAGUUGGUCCCAUUUUGGUACUCCAGUUCUCGAAAAAGCGCGUGAUGGCGAUCACCGACAAUCUUGCAAACCGAUUCUACAACUCGUGUUAAUUAAUGUUUUUUUAAGGCGUACAAUAUGAAAGUUGCGACGAACAGUACUACGAAGAGUAAUCGAUCAAUUGCGCAGUCCAAGCAAAAUAUCAUUUAGAAAUUAAUCUUGUAUAAAGAAAAAAAAAGAUCGUUAACUCGUAGAGGUAUGUUGAUCACUUUCCUCAAGAGUAUCGUUUAAGAAGCAAGAACACGUAGAGUUCGUUGUCGCGUACACAGAAAAUCGUUGCAUCCAAAGGAAAUGCAUUUAACUCUAAAUUAAAUCGCGUCGAUUGACUAUAUUUUUCUAGACUCAUUCACCUGUACGAGUCGACGAGUUGAAUUUUUCGUAUAAAGCAUUUCGCGAGUCAUUAGGAAUUCACUUGGCAUCAGAGCUUAAUCGCGAUGUUUGUUGUCCGCGUUUAGAAUAUCCUGACGACGCGAUUCGCAAGAUUCCAGAAAAAGAGUAGCGCGAUCGUGGAUACAUUUUAAGAGAGAAGAACUACGAGAAGAACGCUAGCCACUGUUCCUCGAAUCGUUCCAUUCUGUUUGUUCACAACCGUCCAUUGCAGUUGUUGGAUUUCUAGCUAAAACCACGCUGUUUAGUGCAACUUGUUAAUAUUAAACAGAGCAUAUAUACGCCUAAAUAUACAUAUAUAUUUAAAAGGGUGUAUACACGAGGUCGUUUUAUGCACACGUGGUCAAGUACGAAACGAGCUAACCUCAGAUUAAUACUAACAAUUGUUUAGAGUUUCUCAUUGAUUUACUGGAAUGUUAAUACGAGGUAUACUUUUCUAUGGAAUAGGAACAGCGCAGGAGAUAAAUAUGUAAAUUUUACUCGGUGUGUGUCUAACCUCUGGGAACUUGCAACGUGUGCAUAAAAUCGUCGUUACACAUCUUGUAUGCAUACAUACGUGUACACUCUGUGUAGGCAUACGUUGUUGCAAUGGGAUUUCAGAAAAUUUUAUAAACUUGUUGGCAAUGGUGAUUAUUAUGCGACUAAGUAAGUCGUAGACUAGGUAGACAAGUUGUUAUCGUUUCGUGCACGAGCGUACGAUCCACGAGUGAGAGAGGAACCAAAGAAUAUCCAAGCGAUAUCUGUAAUAUCAUUCUUCCUAUCGUCGAAACAUAAUUCGCAUGAUAGAAACAGUUAUUUUUCUAGAAUCACACGGUUUACCAUUAGGCUAAAUGGGGGUAUCGAUUUUAGGGUUUAGAAUAGAGAAUAAAACCGCGGAGCGACUCGUUUCAUUCGACUUUAUAGCGUUACUCGUAGAAAAUGACUUUAACAAUUCGUUGUUAAACUCGUUUUCUUAAUAGAAAAACUGUACUCCUUUGGAUAAUAUGAUCGAGCCUGCCUCAAAUGAUUAAAAUUAAUCUAAUCCUCGCCGUAAUACGUGUUUGUUACCCGGUUGUUAUGAUCGUCGCAAUUAGAUAGGCCGUGCGUUCAAGCAAUAAUCUAGAGAUUUCAAAGCGAUCGUGACCGAUUCUACUGAUCGGUCUACGGGCUAGUUAAUAUUUACGCGAGUUAUUCAAACGAGUACGGACGAUGUUGAAAAUUCAUAAGAUAUUUUUUAUAUACUUGUUGUUUUCAAGAUUCUGCUCGACGACGACAUAUCGCUGUUACAUCAAUUAAAUAUAUAUAUACAUAUAUAUUACAUACAUGUAAUGCAGGCAUGUCAAACAC